UUUUGUGACUGUCUCUUUUAAAAUGUAAUAAUGUUCUCUUCGAUUUUUCGCGUGUCUGGACGAUUCGGAGGAUUUCUGUUGGUUUUCAAUCUGCGCCAGUUAUUUGUGAAUUUACUGACAAAACGAGUUACAAUGUCUUGUUAUCCGACGCCUUAUUGCCCUCCUGAGCCUUCUUGUGGUCCUGUACCUUCUUGUUAUCCUGAGCCUUAUUGUCCUUCUGUGGUUGUGCCUUGUCCUUCUGAGCCUGUUUAUCCCCCUGCGCCUACUUAUCCUCCUCAGCCUUUUUAUCCUCCUCAGCCUUCUUGUCCUGCUGAGCCUUUUGUCCCUCCUGUACCUUCCUGUAACCCUAUGAUAAAUGCAGGUGAUCGAGUAACAAUAUCUGCUGAUAUCGAAACACUGAUGAGAUACCAAGUUGGCCAUGGCGGCUGGGAUUGUCAUAUGUCAGGUAUUACUGAGAGUUGA